AUGAGCACGGCCGCUGACAUCUCAGCCGGAGGAGCUGAGCUGCGGCACCGGCAAGUCCAAGAGGCUUUGCUGAACGAGAGCGAAGGUGUUAGCCCUGGCUCUACAAAGCCAAUGGAGCCGCUGGCGGCUGAUCAGGCUGUUCCAGAAGGUGGCAUUAACAAAACAAAGAAGACAUUUGGUCGUACACCAGAUGGGACAGUAUUCGUUGUGCCAACCACGCAUGACAUGGUUUCACAGCUUCUUGACCCGCGACAGCCCAAGAACCUUUCAGAUGUUGUCGUAUUGGCUAUCCUAGGAUUGCAUAUUCUGGCGGCGUACUUCCUUCCGACUGGCUACAAACGCCCCGUAUUUGCAGCUCUUUUCCUAUUCUGGAGAGCCUGCUACAACGUUGGAAUUGGCAUCCUGCUACACAUACAAUCUCAUCACCGGCGCCUCAUUACCUGGGCUCAGCGAUGGAAGCUGUUCGAGCAUCCCAGCACCGGCAACAAUCCUCGUCCAUGGCUGUACAAAUUGCUCAAGCGAGAGCUUGAAGCCAAGAUUCCCGAAGACUAUGAGUUCGAGAAAGCUCCCAUCGAGUACAACACCUGGCUCGUCUUCCGAAGAGUUGUCGAUCUCAUCUUGAUGUGUGACUUUGUGUCUUAUUGUCUGUUUGCCAUUGUUUGUGGCCACUCUCCGAAGGGCGAGAACAUGCUGAUUGGAGUUGCACGAUGGCUUCUCGGUAUUACACUUGUCGGAUUUAACCUCUGGGUUAAGCUCGAUGCCCAUCGCGUUGUCAAAGAUUUUGCCUGGUACUGGGGAGAUUUCUUCUACCUCAUCGAUCAAGAUCUCACAUUCGACGGCGUCUUUGAGAUGGCUCCUCACCCCAUGUACUCAAUCGGCUACGCUGGCUACUACGGGAUCUCGAUGAUGGCCGCCAGCUAUGAGGUGCUCUUCAUCUCUAUCCUCGCCCAUCUCGCCCAGUUCGCGUUCCUCGUAACUGUGGAAAAUCCCCACAUUGACAAGAUCUACAACCCUCCUGCUCCAAGGGAAAAGAAUGUGAAUAGGAGCCCAGCCGAUUCUACCGUGACCUUUGAUCUCCCGGGGGAUAAUGAUUUCACGCGAUCUGCUUCCAUCUCUCAAAAGGACAUGCCGGUGGACGUGCACAAUCUGGUUGGCCUUAACAAUAUGGAUCUAUUCCGGGUGCCUGACUUUGUUGUCGUCAUUCUCCCGAUAUACGUCGCAAUCCUCACUUUCACGACUCCCAGCACUGCUAUGUGGAAAGCCUUCUUCGUCGCUCAUGCACUGGCAUGGCGGUUAUGGUAUCACGCCGGUCUGGGCUUCGUGUUGGAUCGCCAAUCGAAAUCCAAGAUGUGGACCCGUCACUUUCUUAAGUAUGGUGAGAGUGCCGGCGAGGCCUGGCGCCAGUGGAAAGCCAUGUAUCACAUUAGCAUGAUCAUGUGCAACACCGCCUUCGUUGCUGCGUGCUGGAAGAUGUACAACACACCUGAGGACUGGGGCUACGGUUUGGCCCUUUUCAAGCAUGUUCUUGGAGCCGGAUUGAUUGCUUUGCAGCUGUGGACAGCUUUCAGCGUCUACGAUUCACUGGGUGAAUUUGGUUGGUUCUGCGGCGACUUCUUCUUUGACCACGAGGCCAAGCUUACAUAUACAUCCAUCUAUCGAUUCCUGAACAACCCGGAGAGAGUGUUUGGCACCGCUGGCAUCUGGGGUGCUGCUCUCAUUACAUGGAGUCGAGCCAUCUUCAUCAUUGCCCUGGUCACACAGAUCCUAAAUGUCGCGGUCAUUGCGCUCGUCGAGCGACCUCAUAUGCAGAAGAUUUAUGGAAGAAGCAUGCGACAAGAGGCAGGCCUUACGAAAUUCAUCAAGCGAUCAUUGCCCCCUCCAGUCAAGGUAUGGCAGGAAAGUGUCGAUAAGGUCCUUGAUGAUACUUCACAUUUCGUCGAAGACUUUUUGGACAGUGCCCGCCCCAAGUUUGCUUCUGGUGUCAAGACCAUCGUCCGAGAUACGUCCGCUCUCUUCAAUGUAGCACCUGCUCGCCUCACAAUCACCCGAAUCGCUUCCGACAUGGCAGGCCUGGAUCCCAAACAUUAUUCCCUUGCCAUUGAGGGAACGCAGCCUCAUCUGUCGACUAUUGACGAGCGUGCAACCGGCAAAGAGAGCUUUUCAGGACGGUUCCCCAAGCCAGUCAAGACCAAGACCUAUGAAUACGGUGCCCCUCUGCGAGUCAAGUGGCGAGCUCCCGCAAACCACAGCAAAGAAGACUGGAUUGGCCUGUACAUGGUGACGGACAAUCGCUCACGAGAGACGACUGAGGUUUCAUCUUUGGGCAGAUGGAGUCCCACCUGCACUGGCGCCUACGACGCUUCCAUGGCAAACAAUAGUAUCCUUGUUAAAGAGCAUACUGUGGCUAAAAAUGAUCCCUCCGAUCCUGAUAUGAUGGAAGGCGAAGUUGUGUUCCAGGGCGAUAAGCUAUGGUGGACGCAGGGUGUCUUUGAAUUUAGAUACCACCACGAUGGACGCCACACAGUCAUGAGCAUCUCAGAGCCCUUUGAAAUCCGCAUCAGCAAGUUUGCCGAAGAAGAUGUCGAAGUUGACGUUGGCACCAAGGCCAUGUACGCCAAAGCUAUCGAGUCGUCUCUCCUGCCAAUUAUUCAAAACUGCCUGGACCGCGAUGAUGACAUUGCACCAAGUACUGUGGAUGAGAGCUUUGGCAGCCAUGUAGAGCGAGACGGUAAAUAUGCCAAGAGAAUCGUCUACGCUAUCCGAGAAAUGUUUGGCGUUGAAUUUGCGCCGGCCGUCGUUCUGGCAGACCGAAACGUGAGGAAGCUAGCAUGGAGAAUAUGCAAUGCCAAGGAAGUACUGGCACCAUACAGCAUGUCACACUCAAAGGGCGCAACAACACCAGCCAACCAAGAAGCUGCCGAGAAAAUUUGA